UCACAAACAUGUCCGACGCCGAGUACAAGGAGGCCUUUGCGCUGUUCGACAAGAAGGGCACAGGGCACAUUGCGCGCGAGUCGCUCGGCGAUCUGCUGCGCGCCCUCGGCCAGAACCCCACGCAGGCAGAGGUUGCCGAGCUCGUGUCGGGCGCGGGCAAGGACAUUGACUUCCAGAGCUUCCUGAACAUCCUGCACCGGCCAAACGGCUUCAAGCCUGCCGGCACACCGGAGGAGUUCAUCCGCGGCUUCCAGGUGUUUGACAAGGAGGGCAACGGCUACAUCGGCGCCGGCGAGCUGCGCUACGUGCUGACGUCGCUGGGCGAGAAGCUGAGCGACGAGGAGGUCGACGAGCUGCUGAAGGGCGUGCAGGUCGGCAGCGACGGCAACAUCCACUACGAGAGCUUCGUGCGGCAGAUCCUGUCGCAGUAGAUUGCUGCGCACCCCCUCCGUGCGCUCUUCGACUGUGACCCGCGCUCUCUCCGCCCCACUGGACUAUGACGACUCACGCUUCCCUCUCGCGCGUGCGCAGCGCUGCGCGCUGCGGCUGGCCGCUUGGCCCGCGGCAUAGCUGCCAUUGCGCCUCUCAUGUACUGCCAACUGUGAUGC